AUGGAGGGAUAUCUUAAGAAGUGGAUCAACAUAGUUACUAGAUGGCAGGACAGAUACUUCAUUUUGAAUGAUCACAUUCUCCAUUAUUGCGAACAUUAAGGAGGGCAGUCCAAAGGCUAAAUUCAUUUAAAAGUGGCUGCGAUCAUAUUGGUUCCUGAAGAUCCUCUGAAAAUCAUCAUUAACACAGGGACAAAUGAAAUAUAAGUGAAGGCUUCAAGUGUACCAGAAAAAAUAGAAUGGGUGAAUGCUUUGAAAAGAGCUAAAGAGAGGUCCUAGGAAACCAUUCCUAGAGAUUGUAUCAAAGAAGUAAAUGAUAUUCUAACAGACAUUUGGGUUACCCAAGCAGCAUUUGAUGAAACAUUAAAUAUACUUGUACCUAAAUUGGAAAGACAAUCGAAAUAUGUGGAAUUAAAAUAAAAUUACAAGUUUAUUAGAAAUACUCUUCAAGGAAUAUCUUCUUUGCUAGUACUGUAAUUGUUAGAAGUGGAAAAAGAGAAGUUAUAAUCUCAAUAGUCAGAUGAUUAAACUGUAUUUUAAUCAUUCAGGAAUAUAACAAAUGGAAUUGACGACUUUAACCGAUAAAGCUCGAGUAUUGACAUUUUAGAGUCUCUUAAAUAUGAACAACCAAUAUAAUAUAAAAAUCUUAUUAAUAAUCCAGUUUUCUAAAAAAUUUAAUUCACAAAUUCCUAAAUUAGAGCUGCAUUGCCUAGAUCUUAAGAUCCAAAUGAAAAGCUGAAAGUUUGGAGUUUUAUUAAAGAUAUGAUAGGUAAGGAUCUUUCGAAAUUAGCUGUUCUGGUGUAUUUUAAUGAGCCUCUGUCUAUGCUGUAAAGAUUAGCUGAGAAUUUAGAAUACUAUCAAACAUUAAUUGAAGCUAAUCAAGAAUAAGAUUAGUGGCUUAGAAUGUGUUAUGUAAUGGGAUUUGGAGUCAGCAUAAGAAACCAUUUAAUCCUAUUUUUGUAACCUAUAGGAAAUGUAUAUAUUAAACUCAAACAAUUUAAUGAUAAAUUCUCCUAUAAUAAAUGCACUACGAAAGUACACAAUAUCAUUUUUGCCAACAUGUAUAUUGAACAUAUUGGAGAUGUGGUUUUUAACAAUUAUACCACUAAUGACAAAGGCAUUCUGACUCUCUCUGAAAAUCAUAAAAUGGUUGGAACUGUUUAUGAUAGUAAUGGCUAAGAAAAGUACAAGUUGAAAGGAUUAUGGAAUGAUUCAUUGGUUGCUCAUAAUGUUUAAACAGGAAAAGAAACUUUGGUUUGGAGAAAGUACGAUUUGCCUUAAGACUAUAAAAAUUACUUCUUUUUUACUAAAUUCGCUCUUAAUUUGAAUCUGCUUAAUAUAGAUUUGAUUAAAUAGCUUCCGUGUACAGAUUGUAGAUUAAGACCGGAUCAAUUGGCUUUAGAGUAUGGCUUCAUUGAUUUGGCUGCUGAUGAAAAACAUCGUCUUGAAUAGAAAUAGAGAUAGAGAAGAAAGGAGAUGCAAAUUGCAGGUCAACAGCAUUUGCCUUAAUAUUUUGAUUUGAUCAAGGAACCAUGCACAAAUGAAAUGAUUUAUAAAUACAAGGGGAAUUAUUGGAGGAAAAAAGGAGAGGGCUUAGACUUGUUUUGA